AUGAAACAAAUCGUGCCGCUAAUGGAGUUGUCGUGCGAACAAGUCGCCCGAAACAUCAUAAACCGUAAUUUAACCCCCGAAAUUAAGGUGGAAAAAUGUGCAUUUUCAGACCGAUUACGCCCGUCGAACGUGUGCUAUCCGGUGCCGAGCCCGAAUAAAGUGUUCGCUCAUGCGAUGGUCAUAUGGUCGGGAUUGGACGAAACACGACAAAACACAAUAGAGGCGAGUGUGUUUGGAGAACUGGCCGAACUCGAGAUCACCGAGGCCGACUUUGGCGACAUGCAACUGCACAGCCGAUUCUUUCCGCUCUUCAUGAAACGGUCGUUGGUCUCGCUGACGAUCGGGUACGAAGGAAGUGUGGUGAACGGAGACGAGCACGAGAACGCUGGGGAUGGUGAGCAUAUGGAGGAUACUCGUUGUACAACGUUAUUUCAGAAAUCCGCUAUCUGAGCAUUGUGGAGUUGUUGGAGAGAAUCUCGAGUACGGGCACACGUCACACCCUCAUGCACUUGGACGUUUCGUCGGCGCCCAACCGACGAUUCGAACCGAAUUGGAUGCGAAGCGUGGGCGACUUGUUUCCCAACCUCGAAUCGAUCAAUUUCAUCGCAUAUCGAGGCACGAACGUCGCUGACCUCGUCAACUGCUUCCCAAACUUGAAGUCUCUCUACAUUACAACACCGGGCGGAACGACCCAACUCAGAGAUAUUUGUCUCCUUCGGAAUCUCGAAUUUCUCAUGAUCGAUGAUAUUACGGAUGUUCCGGAUGUCGAGGAGUUGUUCCAACUCCGAAACUUGCGAGUGUUGAGUGUUCCGGGGUGAGAAGCCGUGGCAAACGAUCGGUUAAACAUGAAACGUUUUCAGCACAAACUCUGAAAACCGUCCGUUCACGCGCAAAUUCCUAGAGUGUCUCGAGAGAGGGUUGACACUUCCACAACUCCGAUAUCUCGAUUGCUCGGAAGCUUCUACCAACAUUCCCUACGACGCGAUUGUCGAAGCUCUUCCGAAUCUAGACCAUCUUACGUGUAUUGGUACGUUGGUGUUGUAAAGCUAAGCCUAAGACAAAUACUGAGAUUUGGUUAGAAUUAGCGUGACAAGUGUUGCUUUGCAGGAAGCACGUCGACAGUCGGAAACUUGCCCGGUUACAAGAUUGACACCAUCAAGGACACUCUCACUGCCAUGGAGUAUUACAUGCGGCAAAAGUGCUUUGGCAUGCAACUCCUCGUGCUCCGAGUCAACCCGAUGAGCAAACUCUCGCCAGACAUUCCCGAAUGCUCGGCGAACGAGCUCCGCAAGUUUCAGUGCAUUCUCAACACGAUCAUGACACGCAAAAGUACGGACACGACGUUUGCCGCAUUCGUCUCUCUGAACUAUCCGAAGCUGUGAGUGUGCCCCGGAUAAAAAAAUUGUAUCCUUUCUCUUUUUCAGACUAAGGAUGAUGCUCGAUUGUGGAAAUUUCAGCACCUGGGAGAUUCGACAGUUCAUCUUUUUCGUCUUGGUAUUCUUCCGGAAAUUCAAUCGAUUCCAAUUCGAGCUUCGCAACAUGAUGAACCUGUCGGUGAUGGAGACGGUCAUGACACCAGGGAUCCACAGUAACAUCUACCAUCCGUUCUGCGUCGAAAUCUUCAAAAACGCACUGAAAUCGAUGCGAGUAGACGAGUUGCGAGACCAGGCGCUCGAGUGCCUCAUCUAUCACUACGGAAACGCGGAUUAUACCGGACUGAGCAGAGAGGAUGUGAAGGACGGGUGCAAGUAUUUGGUGGAGACCGUCUACGAUCGGCUCAGCGAGCCAACGGACGAGCACGCGCAACGAUCGAUCAAUAAAUGCCUGUUCGUCAUUCAGCAACUCGUCGGUUUGCGAGUGUUCGAGGAGCCCGACGACGUGGACACCGGAACAUACUCGCCGCACAUGAUCCUUUUCUUCUGCCAACUGCUCACCAGCGAAGAGCUGGCCGCUUGCAUUCACCGCCAACGGAUCAAGUGUAACAUUCUGUGCGUUUUGCUCAAAAUCGUCUGUCGAGACGAUCAUCCGCAAGUGUUGUACAAUCAAUGGGCGUUGAGAAGUGUCUGGUGAGCUAUUAAACGUUGAAAAAUAGAUUUUUUUGUUGUUGUUGUUUUUUCCAGGACACAAAUCCGCAAACGCAACGAUCGCGAGGAGCACAUUGUGCAGAUUGUCACGACGGCCGUCGCGAUCCUCGCCAAGAUCAUCGUUCGGCCGGACAGAGUCGAAGACGAAUUGGCCGAUUUCUACAAUGCACAAGUGCUGGACGGCGUCCAGUGGCUUCUCGAAAAUGCGACGAACGAGCCGCCGGUGCGCAUGUGGAUUCAAUGGUCGAAAAUGAGGCACGAUAUCGACGAGACGCACUAUUUGGGCACAAUCGCCGCGCACAUUUACGCCGUUCGCGAGUACGUCCGCCACACGAACGGCUUUCCGCUCUACGCUCGCCACUUUGAAACGCAGGAGGUGGUGAGAGACAUAUUGUCGACGGGAGCAUGGAGGGGACGGUUCGUCGACGAGUGGGUUGUCGACAUGACCAGAGACAUUCUGCGCAUCGCCGAGCCGGGCGUUGAGUUCGAGAGGGCCGAGAAGCGAGAAGCGGAUGGAGAGGGCGAGCCGGAGGAUGCGGAGACUGACGCGAAGAAGGUGAAAACGGAGGAGGAGGACCAAGGACCGAGCCAAGAAUAA